AUGGAAACGGCGGGGAAGGAGACGCGGCGUACGCCACGGACUAUGGAGGGUGCCCGUGGAGCUGAGAGCGACGGGAGGGACGGCGCGGGCCAGACUGGAGCGGGGGAGGUGAUGGAAUUCAAGGACGACGUGGAAGAGGAGGUGACUCUGGAUAGAACAACUUUCGUGAGGACGGGGAUGCUCAGGAUGCUGCGGGUGGAGGUGGCGGACCUCUCCUGCCUGAUUGCUCUGCCAGGGGGGAGAGCGUUUGACGUGAGUUUUAAGUCAAAUCUUCUGCUGCAGAAUUUCCUCACCCAUUUCGAGGAGAGGGCAGGGGAGAAGCCCCUGACUUCCAUGAGGACGCGGCUGCUGUCAGACCUGGAAACGAAGGUUGUAACCGUCUUCCUGUACAACGAGGCGCUACAUGACCAGGAUGUGGAGGUGUGGCUGAGGCAGCACUGCGUGUUGUUGUCUGGCUGCAAGAGGGUGCAGGACGUGGCGGGGAUAUGGACGGGGGCCAGGCAGUGGAGGGUGCGCCUGAAGAUGGAGGGAUGGGCUCUGAGGCACAUCCCGAGCGCUUUGAACAUUGGGGGGAACAAGGGCUACGUCGUAUACGCGGGCCAAUCCAAAUUGUGUAGGAGGUGUGGGGGAAGGGGGCACCUGGCAGCAGCAUGCAAGGCACGGAUUUGUUAUAGGUGCAAGUCGCCGGACUACACAGUGGAGGAAUGCGGGGAGCCGGUCCGUUGCAACCUCUGCGGUAGCAGAGGGCACCUGUAUAGAUCCUACCCAGAAUCUUAUGCCAACAGGGUGCGGGCAUACCGGAAUGGACAAGCAGGGGAGGUGGCGAAGGAGGUGGCUGGACGGUAA